UUGUCUCAGUCUGCCUAGCGGCUCCGGGAACAAUCUGUUGCCUGUGGUCCCUCUCCCAGCCAGGCUCGUGGACGUGCGCCUCACUGCUCCGGCCCACCGCCCUCGCCUCCGACCCUCGACAUAACUAACUACUCCUGAGCUAACGGAAUUUAAACUGUCGAUUGCGCACGUAAAUCUACAGUCAAGAUGACGUUCUGGCAGGAGAACUACGGCUUCGUGAAGGACGUGUAUGAUUUCCGUCUUCAGAAGUACCAAGAAUGGAUGGACAACCUGGAGGGCAUCGUGUCCAAGGUGAUGGCGCCCAACGUCCAGUACACCUACAAGGAGUUUAAGAACAUCCAAGACAGUUUGGCUUCCUUGUGCCGUGACCUGGAGAAGGAGGGCAUGAAGGAAUGGCUCGACAUGAUGCUGGAGAAGGUGGCGAUGCGUGUAUCUGACGAGACAGCCGUCAGCUCCAAGGACAAGGAGUUCAAGGCAUCCGAGAAGAAGAAGCUUCAGGCUCUCGUUGAUCGACACAACAAACUCAUGCCUCACACGCAAGAGACUCAAGCCAAGGUGGAGAUCUACGCCAGGUGCUACGCCUAUGGUGACGACAUCAGCCCUUGCCUGAAGACCCUCGAAGAGAUGCGCCACCUGUCCGUCAAGGAGAUCCAUCCCCAUAACAUGAACAUGGUCGAAGAGCAGAUCGAGAAAGCUGAGAAGGUGAUUGGUAUCAUUGACGGCCAGAGGGAAACCUACGAAGAACUGCUGAAGAGGGGGAAGAAGAUCCUGCAGAACCCCAACAAAGCUCCCUUCCUCACUGAGCUCAUCGAGAAGAUGGAGAACACAUGGAACCAAGCUAACGAGCAGUCCAAGAACAGGCACACCAUGUUGUGUAACUCCGCCAAGGACUGGGAGAAGUACGACGAACUCCGCUCCGCCAUCAACGACCCCAUUGACAAACUAGAGUCCGAACUGAAGCGCUACAGGAAGUUUUACGACCCUGUGAUGGGCUCCCGCAAGCUGGCCCAGAAGAGAAAUACCUGGGAGGAACAGAAGAAACUAGCUGAUGAAAUGUUUGAGAAUAUUAAGAAGUGUUAUACAACCAUCAUUGUGUUGGCUGGUGACGACAAGAAGGAUUUCCUGGAUAAGGAGGUCAGUGAGGUGGAGGAGAAGAGAGCCGUGAUCGAGAAGUGUAACGUGAAACUCAACAAACUAUUUGAGUACAACGAGAGCUUGACCAAGGCAGUGAACCACGCCAAGCAGCUGCAGGACUGGGCCUCCCCAACCAACUCCAAGCUCAACGAGAUCACCACUGACCCCGAGCUGAGCCCUGAAGACCGUGUCAAGGAGAUUCUUAUCCUUCAGGAGCAGGCCCAUGAGAGGGCGCCCCAGAUUGAACCCCUCAACAACGACUUCAAGGCCCUGCUAACAGAGGAGGAUCUUGAAAAGUCUGAAACCGCCAAGACUACCAUGAACACCUGGAACGAUACCAAGCAGUUCGUGACGGAGGUGCUGGAGGAGGUGGAGAAGGAGGCUGGUUCUAUCUCACAGGACCAGAGGUUCUACGCCGACUACCUGUGUGUCGUCAAGGAGUUCAAGCCUUGGAUGGAGGCCGCUGAGACCAAGGCCAAGGAAGCUCUCCCCAAGCCCGGCACCCUUGAAGACGCCCUGGCUCUAUUGGAGUCAUGCAAGGAAUUCGAGGGUGAAUGUGGCCAGGAGAAGGAGAAGCUGGAGGUAGCAGGCAAGGCUCGCGCCGCCAUGGAGAAGGCUAGCAGCACCGAGAACGAGGUAGAGGCCCUAACUGGACGCUGGGAGAGUGUCAAGAAGACCUCCAUGGAUAGGGUGGAGAAGAUUCAGGUCCUCGUCACUACCUGGGAAGACCUGAAGAAGAUCACAGACGACCUCAACAUCAAGGUGACUGACGUUUCCUCCCAGAUUGACCCCAACUUGGAAGAGCUGGAGAAGACAUACGCGACUGUGAAGGCACUGUUCGCCAAGAAGAAGGAGCUAUUGUCAUCAGUCUAAUCUCUAAUUACCUAAUAGAAAUAGGACUUGAUUAGCUAAUAAAAAAAAUAUAUGAUUUGAUUAGCUAAUAGGAAAAUAUGAGUUUGAGGAAAUAUAAUCAUAAAUGACAAUAUAUAAUUAUUUAUAUAUAUACUAUUCCUUUUGGAUUACAUCAUUUACAUUGUUAUCAAGUGUUCUUUAUGUCCACGAUUUUAGUAAGACUGUCCUUGUUAUUAGUUUACAAAAUGAAACUGAUUAAUAAAGAAGAAGAAGAAGAAGUGGAAUAAGUUGUAAAACCUAAAAGAGAAACAACAACAAAAAAUAAUAAUAAAAUAAGUGUUUGGAAAGUUUCAUUCACUAUUGUCUGUAUAAUAUAUAAGGAUGUUGAGAGUAUUAUUACUAUUAUUAUUAUUAUUAUUACAAGAAUAUUCCCCAAGGCUUUAUGUGUGUUGUGUGUCGGAGGUGUCAACGUUGGUCAUGACUGUUUAUGUUGGUUGGUGGUUGUGGACGAUCUCCCUAGCCUGUCUGUGUUGUGCUGUACUGUAUCGUAGGAGGAGUCCCCCCUCCUACAAUGUCUCUUCUACUCAAUACAUUUUUCCUGAAUUAUUUUCUCAAUAUUUUAAUCUAUAUCCUUACGAUGGAACCACAUUUUAUUAAUUUAAAGUUAAAAGAAUAUUUUAAUAAAGAUGAUAAUUACCAUAUAAUAGAUAAUACAUAGAUAAUGAAUAAACAACAAUAACAUGAAUUGAAAUAAAGCAACAUGGUGUUUUGAUAGUCUAGUCAAGAGACCUUAAGUACUACAUAGCUGAGGACUCUUCGUGAAUUCACAUUUUUUUUUAUCAUUUAUCUUUGAGGGUCUGUGUAUGGUUUAUUUUUUAGCUAUCUAUUAUAUCCAUUUAACUUUACUGAUGGGUGAAGGAUGCUGCACCAUGAUCAAAAUGUACUCAUGACUGACGACUCAUCUCACUAUCAAGAGUCCCUUUAAGUUUGUGCCCCGGCUUCAUCUCUGGACGGCCAACAUCAAUAACACCUGUGCAAUAAACUUCCCCCUAAAAAGCA